AUUAUCAUUGGAGAUUACUCAAAAUUCAAAAUAACCAAAUAAUAAAUGAUAUUUAAAAUUUAUAUUUUUAUUUUUAAUAUUUUUAUGGACUUAUGCCUAUAAUGCCUACUGCCAACUGCCUGUGUUAAAAUAAUUGAAUAUUUAACAAUAUCAAUUUUAUUUAGUGAAUAUUAUAUUCAAUUUAAACUUUUAAAGCUUAAAAUCAUGUUAAAACUCACAGCUAAGGAUAUUAACUAUUACAAUUGAUAAAACGAAAAUAAUAGAAAUGUAUUGAUUCAAAUUUAUUUUAUAGACUCAGAAGACCGAUUUAAUUAAGACUUAGUUUGAAAGAAAAAUGUCUAAUAAGGAUGAUAUAGAUUAUGAUGUAGGUAGUUAUAGAUGUGAAGGCUCGGUAGAGCAUUUUAAAUUCAGAAUAUGUUUAGAAAUAUCUCGUACAUCAUUUCACCAUAAAAAUACUGAAAUUGAAAAAAAGUAUACGAAAAGAAUUGAAAAAGUAUUUCAUUGGAUGGAAAAAACAUUAGAUGAACCACAAGAUCAAAAUGAUUUAGAAGAAACAUCAUCAUCAAUUGAAGGAAAACUUUUAGAUAGCCAUCUAAAAACCAAAUUUAAUCAACAUAAUGGCCGUACAAUUCUGCAUGAAGUUAUGGGUCAUGAUAAUACACUCACCGAAUCAUUUAAGAAAAUGGGCUUAAUGAAUAAUAAAGAUUAUAAAAAAAAUGCAUAUUUUUUUACUAAAAAUGUUAUUGAUAAUUUACCAUCUGACAUUUCAAAAUUGCAAAAUAGAUUACCAAAUUUCAAUCAAAUAAUGCAUGUUCUUCUUGAUCUUGGAAAUAAUGGUACAGACAACAAAGAAAAUAAUCUUGUAUUAGCAUCAUUAUAUUGGAAUCCAAACAGUCAUAUUAUGACAAUAUUUCCUGAUUUUACAACUAACAAUUGUUCAGGAUAUAUACUUCCAAUUAGUACAGUGAAAGAUUCAUGUUUUGAGUACCGAUUUUGGAUAGAAAAUCUAUCAAACGAAUCUCUAGAGCUGAUAACUGAUACUGUAAAUUUUCAUCUACUCAAAUUGGAUAACUAUGAAUUUUAUAUACCAGAGACUGAUACUAUAGAAAUAUUUGCUGAAAUAACUUCUGCUAGCGGAUUUGAAUAUGACAAUUUAUUUAUUCGUUAUUUUAUUGAUCUUCCAUCAGGAUGGGAAUGUGCAAGUACCAAUUCACUCAGUGGAACUACUCAUACGUGUCGACGAAAUAACAAUAUGACAUCCAUAUUUUCAUAUCUAUUCAAUGUUACAAUAAUAUUACCAAAAACAAUUGAUCAGCCUAAAGAUCAACCUAUUAACUCUGCAUUUAUAACAUUUAUUAUCUAUUCAAUUGAUUCGUGGAACAAAGAACGAGUUGAAGGAUAUGCAUCAUAUCAAAUUCCAAAAUUCUCUACUCCAAUAUCUUAUAAAACCAAUAUUAAAUUAGAAGCGUGGUUACCAAAAUCUAGAAAUUGUGUUCAUAAUUUACAAAGAUAUUUUAUUGGUGGAACAGUAAAGUUGGCUGAACCUAAUUAUACAAAUGUUCCUACCAAUUUCAAUGAAAAGUUGUUAAGUAAAUUUGGAAUGGAAACUGAACAUAGAGGUUCGCUGAAUAUUACACUUAGUAAUCUAAUGCAACGUUGUAAAAGCAUUGAAAAUAUUAAUAAUAUUAAUACUAGUGACAUUGUAUCUGCUCAAGCGCUAGUAAAAAGUGUCAACAAUGUAAUGGCUAGUUUCAAAAGAGCACGGCAAAGAAUGCUUUUAGCUUGCCAACCAAUAUUAAGUCCAUCACAUAAUUAAUUCAUUUUUUUAAAUUAAAUUAUUACUAAUUAUAAAAUACUCAGAUUAACGCAUUUUCAUUCUAGUCAAUAUUUAUAUAUUAUAUAUUAAACAUAAAUAAUUAUUGUCAAUAAAAAAUUAUUUAUACUUA